CGGGCGGCGCGGCCGCGGCUGCCGGGCGCUGGGCUGGGCGGCGCUUUUUUUUUUUUCGCAAUUUCCACUAGCGGGGAGCAGGAAACCCGGCGCAGCCGGGCGCAGCGGGCCGCGAUGCAGCAGCAGCAGGAGUCGCCCCGGGCCAGCAGCGGCAGCAGCAGCAGAGGCAGCAGCGGGCGGCGCUGAGCCGCCGCGGCCGCCGCUACUGAGGAAGAAGCCGGCCCAGACGCCGCCGCGUCCCUAUCCCCGCGCGCACAUCCCGGCUCCCCGAUUCCCGCGCCCGGGUCCCGGCGCCCCGACCCCCGCGUCCGCCUCCGCUAACUUUCACGCUGCCUCGGCGGCCCGGCCCGGCUCGACGCCAAUGGUGGAGGCCAUAGUGGAGUUUGACUACCAGGCCCAGCACGACGAUGAGCUGACGAUCACCGUGGGUGAGAUCAUCACCAACAUCAGGAAGGAGGAUGGAGGCUGGUGGGAGGGACAGAUCAAUGGCAGGAGAGGUUUGUUCCCUGACAACUUUGUAAGAGAAAUAAAGAAAGAGAUGAAGAAAGACCCUCUCUCCAGCAAAGCUCCAGAAAAGCCCAUGCACGAAGUGUCCAGUGGAAAUGCAUUGCUGUCUUCUGAAACAAUUCUAAGAACCAACAAGAGAGGCGAGCGACGGAGGCGCCGGUGCCAGGUGGCGUUCAGCUACCUGCCCCAGAACGAUGAUGAGCUUGAGCUGAAAGUUGGCGACAUCAUAGAGGUGGUAGGAGAGGUAGAAGAAGGAUGGUGGGAAGGUGUUCUCAAUGGAAAGACUGGAAUGUUUCCUUCCAACUUCAUCAAGGAGCUGUCGGGGGAGUCGGACGACCUCGGCAUUUCCCAGGAUGAGCAGCUCUCCAAGUCAAGUUUAAGGGAAACCACAGGCUCCGAGAGUGAUGGGGGUGACUCGAGCAGUACCAAAUCCGAGGGUGCCAACGGGACAGUCGCAACGGCCGCAAUCCAGCCGAAGAAAGUUAAGGGAGUGGGCUUUGGAGAUAUUUUCAAAGACAAGCCAAUAAAGCUAAGACCAAGGUCGAUUGAAGUAGAAAAUGACUUUCUGCCUGUGGAAAAGACUAUUGGCAAGAAGUUACCUCCGACUGCAGCAACUCCAGACUCGUCAAAAACAGAAAUGGACAGCAGGACAAAGGCCAAGGAUUACUGCAAAGUAAUAUUUCCAUAUGAGGCACAGAACGACGAUGAAUUGACAAUCAAAGAAGGAGAUAUAGUCACUCUCAUCAAUAAGGACUGCAUCGACGUAGGCUGGUGGGAAGGAGAGCUCAAUGGCAGACGUGGAGUGUUCCCCGACAACUUCGUGAAGUUACUUCCGCCGGACUUUGAAAAGGAGGGGAAUAGACCCAAGAAGCCACCUCCUCCAUCGGCUCCCGUCAUCAAGCAAGGGGCAGGUACCACUGAAAGAAAACAUGAAAUUAAAAAGAUACCUCCUGAAAGGCCAGAAACGCUUCCAAAUAGAACAGAAGAAAAAGAAAGACCAGAGAGAGAGCCAAAACUGGAUUUACAGAAGCCUUCUGUUCCUGCCAUACCGCCCAAAAAGCCGCGGCCACCCAAGACCAAUUCUCUCAGCAGACCAGGUGCGCUGCCCCCGAGGAGGCCGGAGCGGCCAGCGGGUCCCCUGACCCAUACCAGGGGUGAUGGUCCAAAGAUCGACUUGGCGGGCAGUUCGAUAUCUGGCAUCCUGGACAAGGACCUCUCGGACCGCAGCAAUGACAUCGACCUAGAAGGGUUUGAUUCCGUGGUGUCAUCUACUGAGAAGCUCAGUCACCCAACCACAAGCAGACCGAAAGCCACGGGGAGGAGGCCUCCGUCCCAGUCCCUGACGUCCUCUUCCCUUUCAAGCCCUGAUAUCUUUGACUCCCCAAGUCCUGAAGAAGAUAAAGAAGAACACGUUUCGCUUGCACACAGAGGAGUGGACGCGUCAAAGAAAACUUCAAAGACUGUUACCAUAUCCCAAGUGUCCGACAACAAAGCAUCGCUGCCGCCCAAGCCGGGGACCAUGGCUGCGGGCAGUGGCGGGCCGGCCCCUCUGUCCUCAGCAGCAUCCUCUCCCCUGUCGUCCUCUUUGGGAACAGUUGGACACAGAGCCAACUCCCCGUCUCUGUUCGGCGCGGAAGGAAAACCAAAGAUGGAGCCCACAGCCAGCAGCCAGGCGGCCGUGGAGGAGCUGAGGACACAGGUCCGGGAGCUGAGGAGCAUCAUCGAGACCAUGAAGGACCAGCAGAAACGAGAGAUUAAGCAGUUACUGUCAGAGUUGGAUGAAGAGAAGAAAAUCCGGCUUCGGUUGCAGAUGGAAGUUAAUGACAUAAAGAAAGCUCUUCAAUCAAAAUGAAUACUUGAUAAAUGAAAUGUCGCAUUAUUCAUCCCAAGUCCAAGACUCAAAUUUUCCACCCCAGCCAAAAUAACCUUGUGCCAAAAGAUGAAAAAUUGCCUCAACAUGUCCCUGUUUCAAAGAUUAGCACAAAAGUCUUGAUAGCACAACACAAAUUCCAUCCAAGAGGAGACUCUUCCCCAUGGUAUAGUCCUGGGUCUGGCACUGGUUGUGACUUAAACAGAGCAAAUUGUGCUAAAGGCUUUUUUACUAUGAGAUCUCACGCGAAACGAAAACUCAGGCAGUUUAGUCCAUAGUGGUACUAUUUUGAUGAUAUUUUCCAUUAAUAAAAUGUAAUUUUAGAGUCUUCGUUUACAAGCUUUAUAAUUUUAUGAUUUUUUUAAUCGUGUUUUGCCACAGAUUCCCCCAGUGUUUGUAUUACACAUAGUCCAGAGCGAGCAUCCCAUUCUUUUGCUUUAGGCGGAAAGCUGCCUCGCUCUGUGUCCCCCUCAAGGAGUCUGUUACAUAUGCAAUUUUAGGUCCAACCUGUCCCUUCUCCUGCCAGCAAACCCCACCACCCUAAGAUAAAUUUUAGCUUAUAUAUGAUGGUAUAUUUACAAAAAGAGAAAGAGAAAAUCUGGUAUUUGCAAUGAUCUGUGCCUUCUUUUUACCACCCUCUUGAUUGGAGCUUUUGUGAUGCAGCUACCAUGAUUUAAAAAACACACACACACAUUUAUUUUUUUUAGUCACUUAUCAAAGUCUACUAGAGGCCACUGUCUUCAGAGCUUCUCUCGCCUAACCAAAGGUCCUAAGAGGAGACAGCUGUGAAGUUGGGCGUGCUCUUUGGUACCAGCUGUGACUUUUAAGUUCUCCUAGUUUUAGGUUGUUCAUGAACUAGAAAUGUCACCCCUGCUUGAUUUUUCAUCAGCCAAGUUAAACCCCUGCUUCCUGUCCUUUGCACCUUUUGAGUGAACGGAAUAUGCAUUAUUAAAGCAAAAAUAAAUAAAAGUAAAAUGCAAAU